AUGUUUAAGUUCUCCUCGAUGAUGACGGAAGAUGCAAACCUGUAUCACCUAGGCGGUCUUCAUCCAGUCAAUAUUGGAGAUAGGCUCAAAGACGAAAGAUACCAAAUUCUACAUAAACUUGGCUUUGGUCACUUCUCAACCGUCUGGCUGGCGAGAGACCACUUCAAGGCUUGCUACGUUGCCCUGAAAAUCUACGCGGCCGAAGAAGGUGGCCGCUCACAUUCUAGCUCGAAUGAGCUCAAAGCUCUCCGGCACUUGAGCCGUGGCAGUGAAACUCAUCCAGGACGACAAUUCAUCAUGAUGUUGCAAGAUGAAUUUUUUAUUAAAGGCCCCAAUGGAACACAUCAGUGUUGUGUUACCCAAGUUGCUGGAGCCCGGUUAUCUCGUGCGCCUACCUUGAAGUACAAUGCUCUCGGUCCCGCACGCAAGCUUGCAUCUCAGCUUUUCCUGGCCUUGGAGUACAUUCAUUCUAGUGAAAUUGUUCAUGGAGAUAUUUUCACUUCAAAUAUUUUGCAGCAAGUUGGUAUUUUUGACCAUUGGUCAGAAGAAGAGUUGUAUGAGUGCAUUGGCACACCUAUCCGGGAAAAGGUCGACCUCAUAGACCAGACUGAGCCCAUUGGAACGGCUACACCCACGUAUCUAGUGCACCAAUGCAAUCUAGCUGCUCUCGAAGAAUGUCUGGCCUUGCCCAAGAUUAUCCUCAUCGACUUUGGGUCCGCUUUCUCAAGUUUCAAGCCGCCCAUUGAACACGACAAUCUUCCUCAAAUUUCCCCAACGGAGGUUUUGUUUCAUACCACUCUCUCCUCCUCAAUCGAUACGUGGGCUGCUGGAUGUGUGACUUUCGAAAUAUGCGCUGGAUACACCCUCUUCAAGGCGCUGUUCAAUCGAAAGCAGGAUGUUCGCAAAGAUAUAGUCGCCAUGCUUGGGAAACCUCCAAAGCCAAUGUGGCAGCUCCGGCCAGAGAGGGGGUGCUACUUUGAGGCUGAUGGUACCCCGAAGAAGACGGCUAAGGGAAUCAUGGUAAAACCGUAUCCGCUAAGCGACCGGAUCCGAGAUAUGACUCGACUUUACUCCGAUACGGAAGACUUUCCCACAGCAGAGCUUGCAGAAUUGUACGACUUGCUGAGCAAAAUUUUUCUUUAUGAGACUGAAUCGCGAUUAUCUCCAAGUAUGGCUUUGAAACACCCGUUCCUCUCCCACUAUGUAUAA